AUGAUGGACAUCAAGUCAUUGAGAGUUCAGAGUCGCCCAAUCAACCAUAUUGCCAUAUCCGUGAGCGACAUCGACGCCGUAGUAGACUGGUACAGUCGGGUCCUCGGCUUCCAACUUAUCGGCAAUAUAAUCCACAUCAAGCGAGCUGAAGACCCCAGCGCGGGUAUCUUUCAGAUAUAUCCGCCUGAUCUGAACGAGGUCAAAAUUGCCUACCUGGCAACUGGCAACGGCAUCGGCUUUGAAGUGUUCCAAUUCGUGGACCCGGCUCCAGUUACUCCGGAAAAGCCGUUCGAAUAUACCCGCGGAGGGUUCUUUCACAUCUGUGUGACUGAUUCGGAUCCUGCCCGGCUUGCACAGACUAUGACGGAGGCUGGAGGAAGACAGAUUGGUCAAAUGGUUAUUAGGGUUGAUGAUGAGUGCCUAUAUGUUGCGGAUCCAUGGGGCCAUGUUGUGGAGAUUCUGAACACCAGCUUUGACCGACUGGCCACUGCAAUUGCGUCAGAUGUAGGUAUAUGA